UAUAGUCUGUGACACCAGUGUGGCUGAUGAUCGACUUUUAUUUUAUUGUGUGCCAAUUUUGUUUUUGUUAAUUGUUUACUAUUACUAUCGAAACGUGUUGAAAACAGUGACAAUACUUGUUAAGCAGUCGCCAUGAAAUCUAAACGACGCCAUCAUGAUUCGUCAGAAGAAUCUGAAGAAUCAGAUGUAAGUGAGAAGUCAAGCAGUUCCUCUGAUAGCGAAAGCGAUGUUUCCUCAGUAUCUGAUCACCGGCAUAAAAAGAAAAAGAAGAGGGCAGAUUCUUCGGAGUCUGAAAGUGAUUCUGGCGAUCAGAAAAGAGUUAAGAAACGGAAACAUAAGAAAAAAAAGCGAAAGCAUGGUAAAAAGAAGCGUCGCUCCGAAUCUGAACAUAAUGACUCCGAUGACAACAUAUCAAUUAGUGAGGGUGAAAUAUCCGUAAAGAAGAAAAGGAAGCAUAAGCAUAAGCAUUCAAAACGAGCCCACGGAUCAUCUGAGGAGGAAGAGCAUGUCAGUGUUGAACGCCGCUUACACAGUGUUGUCAAGGAAUGUCGUGCUGAUUCUGAAGAACAGCGUCCAUGUAGAACAUACUACCAGAAAGAAUACUCACAAUCUGGUGGCAAUGACUAUGACAGGGAAAAUGAAGUUGAGAGGUUUUAUCGAGGCUCUAGUAAAGAUCGUAGACAACAUUACCAAGAUAACUACUAUCCUGAGCAAGAGCGUGGUGAAAGAUAUCCACCACAACAGGAAAGGUUUGAUAGGAAUAGAGAUAAAUAUGGUCAGAGUAGUCAGUACAAUGAGUAUAAUCAAAGAGCAAGGGAAUAUGAUCAGUACAAAAGGCAUCCACGCUAUGAUGAUCCUAGGCCUGAUGAUGGAUACCAAAAACGAAGAAAUGAACCUUAUUUAAGGGACGACCCAAGAGGUAACAAUAAGUUUAAGCAGUAUGGAGAGAGAGGUCCUAUUAGAAAGGAAUUUCCGGAUGAAAGGGAGUAUCAUCAAAGGCGAGGUCCUCCAGAACCAGUGGCAUUCCGCGAAAGGGAAUACCCAGAGAAGCGUGAGAGAUUCCAAGAAGAAACCCGUUCAUCAGACAGGAGCAGAGACGUCCGUCGCGAAAGGUUGGGACGGCCCGAUAAACCCAUAGCACCGGAAAGGGAAUAUUCCAGAAGCCCGGAAGAUCGGUACAAGGAGAAGAGAAGAGUCGAGAAUAGAGAAGAGAGAGGAGAACGGGAUCGCGAUGGAGACAGCUACAGAGAACGAGAGGAUCGUAGACGAGAGCGUAGCGCGGAUAGACACAGGCCUACUAACGACGCUCGUUCGGAUAGAGGCGGGCCUAGGGAGAGAAAGACCAGGUUUGCUGAUGCGGACGAAAAGAAAGACUACAGCUGGGGCAAGACGGAAGUGAAGAAGGAGGGAAGUCAACAAGGGGAGAAGGAAAAACCGAACUUCGGUUUAUCGGGAAAACUGACAGCCGACGCUAACACCGUCAAUGGCGUUGUUAUCAAAUACACUGAGCCAGAUGACGCUAAGCAACCGAAAAGACGCUGGAGGUUCUACCCGUUCAAGGGCGACAAGGCGCUGCCGAUUCUGUACAUCCACCGGCAGUCGGCGUUCCUGAUCGGGCGCGACAAGAAGGUGUGCGACAUCCCGCUGGAGCACCCGUCCAUCAGCAAGCAGCACGCCGCGCUGCAGUACCGCGCCGCGCCCUUCCAGCGCGCCGACGGCAGCGCCGGCCGCCGCGUGCGCCCCUACGUCAUCGACCUGGAUUCAGCAAACGGCACAUUUGUAAAUAACAAGAAGAUCGAGCCGCGCCGCUAUGUGGAGCUGCUGGAGAGGGAUGUCGUGAAAUUUGGUUUCUCUCAACGCGAAUACGUGCUACUGCAUGAAAAUAGUAAGGAUGACGCCCAAGACGAUGACCAAGAUGCUGCAUUACCGGUCACCACUACCGACAAGAUCAAGCAGGAGAAACGUGCCAAGGAAGAAACUGCGGCCGAUGGCUAAACUAAGACUUCUUGUACACGACCAUAUUGACAAAUUGUAAUAGGUUUAUCUCUUUCUGGCGAUCUGUUUUAGAUUGAGAAAGAAAGAUGGAUAGUGUGUUUUUUUCAUUGGCAUUGGUCAUCGGCUAUCAAAAUAGAAAGAGAUAGAACUAUUAUGGAUAUAAAUCUAUGUAACUAACGUUUUUUGUUACUUUAUAAUGUGAAAAGAAAAUUUAGUACAGAUGAUA